AUGUCAGAGAAGACCGCACGGCUUCCAUCAUCUGCAGACACAUUCAGGUGUGCUCACCCUAUCUCAUCCCUCUUCCUACCAAUCUUUGGUCACGACUCGUGGCCAGGUGUACCCAAGAUGGGUUUCAACAUCAACAUCAACCACCACUACACAUCCAAAGUCUACACAACUCGAUCCACAAUCUCGGGGAACGUUUCCGUUUGUCCAGAGAGAGAUAUCAGCUUCCGCUGCGUUCAGAUCGCCCUCAUUGGCACCUAUCAUGCCCGAAUCGACAUGCUGCCCGUGCCGAGGAUCAUAGACAACGAUUUUCUGACGUUGGACAUGCCAAUCAACGAAGAACUUUACCCAUCGGAUCGAAUCUUCAGGGCCGGGAAGACCUAUCAGAUCCCAUUUCACUUCACAUUGCCCUACGCGCUGUCCAAAGACGCCUGCGACAAGCUCUCAGAGUCGGGGCACAUCCAAGAACUCCACAUGCGAUUGCCUCCAACGAUGGGACAAUGGGAGAGAGAUGACAUGUCUCCUGUUAUGGCCAGAGUCGAGUAUAACGUCGUGGCUCGUCUACUUAAGAGAAACACAUCGGAGCUCGGCCAAACAAUCGAGGCCAGCCAGCCGAUCAGGGUCAUGCCCGAGUUUUCCGAGGAUCCUCCACUAGGAAUCACCGAGCAAGACACACGAUACUCUCUCAGCAAGACUAGGUUCAUCCGCAAGAGCCUCCUAUCGACGCAGAAAGACCAAGUCACACUAACCACGGCACAGCCUGGAGCUGUCCAUCUGAGCACACAGGGACAAGCCUUCGCCGACUCGCCUGCCACUGUCAUGUUGCAUCUUCACUACAAGUCUGCGUCAUCAUUUUCUUCUCCUCCAGAAGUCAACGUUACUCAGGUCAAACUCGAGACCAUCACAUGGUUCAGCGGUACUCCUAUGAAGACAUUGCCUGAGCUUGGCGAGGCAAGAGACUCUAGUGGAACGCGACAUGAGCUGAAGUACGUCGCAUCCGUCAAGCUCCCGCCUACACAGCUCCAAGACAUCGCAUGGCAUCAAGAGAGCAACACAACCGGGAGGGAUUCAUCCGCAUGGACUGCUGCUAUUGGCGUUCCAAUCCAUCUACCCACCGCUCACAAGAUGUUUCUUCCAACCUUUCACAAUUGCUUCCUUGCUCGGACAUAUGUCCUGCAUCUGUCCGUGGGCAUUGCGGGCGCGAAGACGACCCUCUCGGUGCCGCUACAGGUGGCGACUGAAGCCAUUGAGAACCAAACGCCGAAGUCAGUGGGCGAUGAGCUGCCAAACUUCCAUGCAGCAAUGGCUUGGGGCUAG